AUGGAGGAGUUCAACAAAGCCAACUGCUUAUUCAUUGAUGAGGAGUUUGAUCAAGCCUUGGAGUCGUACAACAAGGCCUGUGAAGCAUUGCCAACACACUAUGAAACGUUCUUCAAGAGAGCUCAGUGCCAUCACAAGCUCGACUCGAUCAAUGAUGCACUUCGCGACAUCAACACCUGUAUCACACUCGAGCCAAACAAUCCAAAGAGUUACUUGAAGAAAGGACAACUUUGUUUCGAAUUGGAGGACUUUGAAACUGCACAGAGUGUAUUUGAGAAGGGAUUGACAUUGGACCCAGAGUCAUCUCAACUCAAGACAUGGCUUAGAAAGGCCAAGGCUGAGCUUGGUCAAGCCUCAGCACCAAAGCCUGCUGCUGCUUCAACACCUGCUGCCUCAAAGCCAGAACAGGCACCAGCAGCUGCAAAGCCAGCGGCUACCCCAGCCCCAGCGCCCGUUCCAGCAUUGCCCAUGCCAUCAUCUGGAACCAAGGUCAAGCACGAGUGGUAUCAGACGGCCACACAUGUUACCCUCACCGUCUAUGCCAAGUAUGUCACAGCGACCAACUCCUCAAUCGAAAUCAAGGACAAGUCGAUCAAUGUCUCCUUCAAGAUGCUCACAGGCAGUGAGUACAGCUUGGACAUUGAGUUCUUUGACCCGGUUGUACCCAGCGAGAGCACGACCAAGUACUACAGCACCAAGGUGGAGAUGGUCCUGAAAAAGUCCAGAGCGAUCCGUUGGGACAACCUCGAGUUCACAGGCGUCGACAAGCCACUUGGCACCGUUGACACACCAGAGGCCAAGGCCGUGGGAGUUCCCUCGCCCUACCAAACACAGAAGAACUGGGACGCCAUCGAGGCCGGCGACGAGAAGGAAGGUGACCCAUCCACCAGCUUCUUCAAAGAUAUAUACUCCACCGGAUCGGAGGAGCAGCGACGUGCCAUGAUGAAGUCCUACUACGAGUCGGGUGGCACGGUGCUCAACAUGAACUGGGACGACGUCAAGAAGGGCCACGUUGACGGCUCUGCGCCCGCUGGAAUGGAGAUGCACUCCUGGAAGGACGGUGAGAGGGUGGCCGAGAAGUCAUCAAAGAAGAACAAGGACAAGUGGGAGAGCGAUUUCGAGAAGAAGGAACAAAAGAGAAGAAACUGGGAGAAUGACAUUGACUAA